AUGGUAGCUUUUUCCACUUAUAUUAAACCAAAUUCAUACACAUGCAGAGGUAGGGCAAGGGAAAAAUCACGAGCAAAAAGAAUUUUAAAGUUUAAAAUCACUAAAAGGUUAAAUAAAGUAACCAAACAUUUCCUUAUUUCCUCGAGCAAGGAGGAAUAAGCAAAUUCUCGUUUUUUAGAUUUUCAUUUUUUAUUUUACUUUGCUCAUAAUUUAUUCAAACUAUUCUUUUCCCGUCUCCCUCAAUAUACUAACCGGAAAACCCCCAAAACUGUUUUUGAGAUCUGAGGGAGAUAUGUGUCUAGAGAGAGAGAGAGCUGCGGUUAGUUGGAUUUCUGCCGAAAAUAUUGGAGUUUUUAGAUAGGAUUUGUGCUGGAUGUGAUUUGUAGUGUAUCUGUAUAUGAUUCGGAUUUUUUCGGUAGGUGGAGCUGGGUUUCGCCUUUCUAUUUCGUUAAUUUUUGCUGUUGGAGUUGAGUAAUUUUGAUAGAUGAGGAAGGAAUCUAGUAUGGCGGGAAUUGGGUGGAACGAUGAGGAUAGGGCUAUGGCGUCGGCGGUUUUGGGGACUAAGGCAUUUGAUUACUUGAUGUCGAAUAAUGUUUCCGCCGAAUGCUCGUUGAUGGCGAUGACUAAUGAUGAGAAUUUGCAGAACAAGCUCUCAGAUCUCGUAGAGCGUCCCAAUUCCGCCAAUUUUAGUUGGAAUUACGCGAUUUUCUGGCAGCUUUCUAGGUCGAGGGCGGGGGACUUAGUGUUGGGGUGGGGGGAUGGGUGCUGUCGAGAGCCCCGUGAGAUCGAGGAGGAUUCGGAUGUUACUCGUUUCCUCAGAAUCCGGCAGGAAGACGAGUGCCAGCAGCGGAUGAGGAAGAGGGUUCUGCAGAAGCUGCAUAUCUCGUUUGGGGGGAGCGAGGACGAGAGCUACGCCUUUGGAUUGGAUAAGGUCACGGAUGCUGAGAUGUUUUUCUUGGCAUCUAUGUAUUUCUCAUAUGCUAGGGGGGAGGGGGGGCCGGGGAGGUGCUUUAGCUCCGGUGAGCAUCUCUGGUUGAGCGAUGCGUUCAAGUCCCCCGUGGAUUACUGCGUUCGCUCCUUUCUUGCGAGGUCUGCUGGCGUGCAGACGAUUGUGUUGGUUCCCACUGAUAUUGGUGUGGUGGAAUUGGGUUCGAUUAGGUGUGUCCCGGAGAGUUUGGAGCUCGUGAAGGUUGUUAGGUCGUCGUUCUCCUCGUUGUCGGGGGUUCUCCGGUCCAAGAAAGCUGUGGCUGUGGCUGUGGCAGCGGAGAACGACAGAUCAAACCCGAAAUCUGGUUUUGGAGAAGUUAUUCCCAAGAUUUUCGGGCAAGAUUUGUAUUCUGGUCGCGUGGAAUUGAAGGAGAAAGUCGAUGUUAGGAAGGUUGGAUACGGGGCGAUGGAUGCAAGUGCGAACGGGAAUGGGAACGGGAACGGGAACGGGAAUGGGCAGCCAUUCGCCAACGGUUUCCAUGCCAUGGUGUGGAGGCAGUAUGGGAAUGUUAACGUUAAGCCUGCGAACCCGGUGGAGGUUUGUAAGAAUCCUCCGAGACCAACGAAGCAUGUUCAUGAUAUGGUGAAUGGGGCGAGGGAUGGCCAGCAUCGGAAACCAGCACAAAUGCAGAUCGAUUUUGCUGGAGCAACGGCAAGACCCGUUAGCUCCAGACCACGCAGUGCAGAGUCGGAGCACUCUGACAUUGAAGCUCCGUGCAAGGAGGAGGGCAUGGUGGUGGUAUCGGAAGACAACAGGCCUAGGAAGCGUGGCCGGAAGCCUGCCAAUGGGAGGGAGGAGCCCCUCAAUCACGUGGAGGCGGAGAGGCAACGGCGGGAAAAGCUGAACCAGCGCUUUUACGCGCUGAGAGCCGUUGUCCCGAAUAUAUCCAAGAUGGACAAAGCUUCCCUCUUGGGAGAUGCUAUUGCUUACAUAACCGAGCUUCAGAAUAAGCUCAAGGAGUUGGAAUCCAGUAAGGAAAGUAGGCUAUCGAGAGAGGCAUCCGUCUCGGAAACUCAGCCGAAUACGGAAACGCCAGCCUGCAUCCCGAGCAUCGACAUACAAGCAGGACGAGACGAAGUCACGUUGAAGGUGAGCUGCCAGCUGGAUGCUCACCCCUUAUCAAGGUUCAUUCGAGCGAUCAAGGACGCUCGGGCGACCAUAGUCGAUGCCAAAUUCGCAUCCGGGAGCGAGAAAGUGUUCCACACGUUCGUUGUGAAAUCCGAUGCACCGGAACGGCUCACCAAGGAGAAGCUGCUAGAAGCGAUCUCCAACUCGCAGCAGCAGUCGUCGUCUGUCGGGUAAAUACCGGUCUCUUUAAAGUUUUCAACAGAAUUACUAGACAGUUAGUGAUGGGGGGGUUAGGGAAACACUACCACCAUAUGGCAAAACUGGGUAGCAAAUGUCUAUCUGUUUAUAGUAUAGAUUUAUGUUGUAAGAACAUAGCUCUUUGCAAGAUUUAUUAAUUUGUUUUUUAAGUUCAA